AUGGGAAACUCGCAAUGCGAAUCCGACGAAGAAGCAAGCCGCCAAAACAUCCUCAAGCAAGAGCGCAACGCGGCCAUAGACUACGCUGAAGUCAUGAAGGACGAGCAUCUGCAAAAACAACAAGUGCAUCGGAGGGCUGUGGACGCAAGAAGAGAAGAGGGAGCAUGGACAAAGAGUAGGAUACACUUUGGACCGUGGGCGUCACAUCAUCCCCAUGAUGCAUAA